GGGGUGAGGUGCCCGGAUGUGCCCGGCGCCGGAAGAGAAGCGGGGUCUCUUCGGCGCCGGCCAUCUUGUGCGGCAGCGAGCAGGGCGCGGGGGGCCCGGCAGCAUCGGAGGAGGAUCCCGCCGACGGGGGCCCAUCAUGCCCGGACACCUGCAGGAGGGCUUCGGCUGCGUCGUCACCAACCGCUUCGACCAGCUCUUUGAUGACGAGUCCGACCCCUUCGAGGUGCUGCGGGCGGCCGAGACCCGGAGGAAAGAGAGCGGCGGCGGCGGCGGGAGCCAGGGGGGCGGCGGGGCCCGCGGCGGCCCGGCGGGCGCCCAGAACAGCUCCUCCGGCGGGGCCGGCGGCGGCGGCCCGGGCCAGGCGGGCGCCGGCGGCGGCGUCGGCAGCGCGGCCAAGCAGCUGCGCAGGGAGUCCCAGAAGGAGCGCAAGAACCCGCUGCCCCCCUUUGCCGCCUCCGCCGGGGCCGACCGCCGGGAGGAGGGCAGCGGGCAGCCCGGCGCGCCGCUGCGCAAGGAGGGGAUAAGGCGCAUUGGCAGGAGGCCUGAUCAGCAGCAGCAGCAGCAGCAGCAGGGUGAAGGCAAGCCCAUCGACAGGAGACCCGAGAGACGACCUCCCCGCGAGCGCCGCUUCGAUAAACCUGCUGAGGAGAAAGGGGAAGGAGGAGAGUUUUCUGUUGAUAAACCCAUUCUUGACCGACCGAUGCGUGGCCGUGGUGGACUUGGAAGAGGCCGUGGCCGUGGCCGUGGCAUGGGCAGAGGAGAUGGGUUUGACUCUCGUGGCAAACGGGAAUUUGACAGACAUAGUGGCAGCGAUAGAUCUUCUGUUUCACAUUCACAUUUCAGUGGCCUAAAGCACGAGGACAAGCGCGGCGGCAGCGGAUCACACAACUGGGGAACCGUCAAAGACGAGCUAACUGAAUUGGAUCAGUCAGCUGUAACUGAGGAAACGCCGGAGGGAGAGGAACAUCCGCCUGCUGAUUCGGAAAACAAAGAGAAUGAGGUUGAAGAAGUUAAGGAAGAAGGCCCUAAGGAAAUGACCCUGGAUGAGUGGAAAGCGAUUCAAAGUAAGGAUCGUGCGAAAGUGGAGUUCAACAUCCGUAAACCAAAUGAGGGUGCUGAUGGGCAAUGGAAAAAAGGAUUUGUUCUUCACAAGUCAAAGAGUGAGGAGACAAAGGCGAUGACAGAAAUGCAGGGGAGUCUGCUGGAGUCAAAUGAGGCUCAUGCUGAGGACUCGGUGAUGGAUCAUCACUUCCGCAAGCCAGCCAACGACAUCACGUCCCAGCUGGAGAUCAACUUUGGAGACCUGGGCCGCCCCGGCCGCGGCGGCAGAGGGGGACGGGGCGGCCGGGGGCGCGGGGGCAGGGCCAGCCGUGGAGGCAGAACCGACAAGUUGGUGAAGGAGUUUGAUGUGAUCCACACACCCAACCAGUCAAGUGCUUCUGCUCCUGAUGUAGAUGACCCAGAGGCUUUCCCAGCUCUGUCCUAAACUGGAUGUCAUAAGCCAACCCUGCCCUCGCCGGGCCUUCCUCUCCGAGGCUUGCAUGCUUAAGGAUCCUAAACAACUAAGAAAUUAAAAACAAACAAAAAAAAAAAGAGACUGUCAUUCAUACCAUUCACACCUAAAGACUGAAUUUUAUCUGUUUUGAAAAUGAACUUCUCUCGCUACACAGAAGCAACAAUAUGGUAGUCAGUUUUGUAUUUAGAAAUGUAAUGGUAGCAGGGAUGUUUUCAUAAUUUUUUCAGAGAUUAUGCAUUCUUCAUGGAUACUUUUUUGUAUUGCUGCUUGAAAAUAUGCGUUUCCAAACUUGAAAUAUAGGUGUGAACAGUGUGUACCAGUUAAAA